AUGCUCAAGGAGAACCAGGACAUGCUCCGCGCGGGCCAGGACGAGAUCCGGGCGCUGCUCGUGUCCGUCUGCGGCCAGCAGGCCGAGGACGACGGCUGCGCGGCGUUCGCCAAGCUCCGGGGCGCCGCGCAGCCGCACACGCUCUCGUCGGACGGCAACAUCGCGCGGCGCGAGUUCCUCACGCUCUUCGAGGCGACGUUCCUCGGCGGCAAGGACCUGACGCCGGCGACGUCGGAACGGUUUUUAGUGAAGUUCGACCUCGACCACGACGGCGGCAUCUCGCAGGCGGAGUUCCUGAAGUUCUACGCGGCGUGGAAGGCGUCGGGUCUGGCGACGAUGGAGGCGUUCGUCGACGCCUACGUGGCCGCGGAGAGCGGCACGGUCGAGCUUAGAGUACGCGUGCCGCCGGGCGUCGCCCCCGGGGGCGUCUUCUACGCGCCCUUCGAGGGGAGCCGCGUCGCGGUGCGCCGGCCCGCGGACGCGCCCGCGGGCGCCGAGGUGACGAUCCGCUUCCCGCGGCCGGAGAGGCGCCGGAACCCGAACACCGUGCGGGUCCUCGUGCCCCCGAACGUGCCCAUCGGGGGCCACUUCUUCUUCGAGCACGGCGGGCGCCGCGUCCGCGUGACGCGGCCGGGAGACGUCGCGCCCGGCUCCGCGCUCGACGUCGACCUGAGCACCAUCGUCGGCGUCGACAGCACGGGCGACGGCGCCAUCGACGCGGUAGAGCCCGUGCCCGGCGGCGUGCCCCUCAACGGGCAGUCCGAGAAGGCCUACGACCUCACGGGCGACCGCGCGCCGAACGUCGUCGCGCGCGACACGACGGGCGACGGCCUCGCGGACAGCGUCACGCUGAGCGGCCGCCACCUGACGACCGUGCCCCACGGCGUCUUCUCCGUGGACCUCACGGGCAACGGCGUGCCGAACGUCGUCGGCCGCGACCUCGACGGCGACGGCGUCGUCGACGACGUCCGCCGCAUCCCCGAGAUGCACGUGCACCCGCGCGGGUCCGUCGUCAUCGACCUCUCCGGCGACGGCGUGCCCGACGUGUUGGGCAUCGACACGACGGGCGACGGCGUCGUCGACAAGGUCGUCGCGAACCGCGACCAGACCCAGUCCGCGACGUCCGUGAAGCUGGUGUGCCCGCCGAACGCGGCGCCGGGCGACACGCUCGUCUUCCUCCACCCGGUGACGAACAACCCCAUCACCGCGGUCGUGCCCCCGGGCACGCGGCCGGGCGCGCCCUUCGCGGUCCGCUUCCCCCUGUCGCUCGCGUAG